AUGGAUGGAGAUAUUGCGUCGCAGAAUGCAGAUGCUGCCAAUACGGAGAUGAUCCGUCUCUGGCGCACCUGGAAGACAGUGCUGGAGCUGCUGGUCGACCGGGGCUAUGAAAUCACAGAGGGUGAACUGAAGAUCACACUGGACCAGUUCAAGGACAAAUUCUCCGAUCCACUGGGAUAUCCUGAGUAUGCACCCAUCCAUCCAAAGAAGACGCAACAAAAGGCACCCGCUAAUCCACCCUGCCCCCGUCCUAGUCGCAACAAGAUGAAAACCUCCGCGCGGCCCACGGAGCUCAUGAAACAGAAAUAUACACCCCUCCCCAGCAAAUCCAACCCCGACCCCCAGCCCGACUGCGGCCUGAUCUACGUAGACUUCUGCCCCGACUCGACAGCCGUGGGCACCAAGCAAGUGCGGACCUUCAACCACUUCAUCGACGAGAACAACUACCACACCGGCAUCUUCAUCACGCAAACGCCCAUCUCGCCCUCGGCUGUGCGUUUACUGUCGGGCAUCCCCGGCCGCAUCUGCGAGCACUUCCAGGAGCAGGAUCUGCUGGUCAACAUCACCCGCCACGAACUGGUCCCCAAGCAUGUGCUCCUCAGUCCGGAGGAGAAGGCCCGUCUGCUGGAGCGGUACCGCCUGAAGGAGUCGCAAUUGCCGCGCAUACAGGUGUCGGAUCCUGUGGCAAGGUAUCUGGGUCUCCGGAGGGGGCAGGUGGUGAAGAUUAUUCGGAAGAGUGAGACGGCUGGGCGGUAUGCCAGUUAUCGCUGGGUGAUUUAG